AUGUCCUCCCCCCUUGCCCGACCCUAUCGGUCGAAACGUCAGCGCCCGUGUGAUCAGUGUCGCGCACGUAAGCUGGGCUGUCAAACAGAAGGCGGAGCCCCCUGUCAAAGAUGCCGAUCGGGCAAAUUGGAGUGUACCUUUGAUAAUCCUCCACCCAAAAGGGCCAGACUCUCCGAGUCUCUGCCUUUCGCCCAACCCGUCGGCGAGACUCUCAUCACACAACCCCGUGAGAGUAAUAUCACGCGCGAGUCCAGCGUCGCAGGAAGUGGGACCCAGAGUGCCGUACCGCGAUUUCCGUCGCUCGGCUUGGAUCAGAGCACUCAUGGGCUGUCUCCGGCCUCCGGGAUCCUGGCCCCCGGAAGGCCCCCGACGCAAUUUGUUCAGAGUAUUGAUCAAUUGGACCAUGGCCAUGCUCAGCUCUUUGGCGCAUCCGCCGAAUCAGACCCGUGGUUACUGCGACACUGUUGCUUCGAUGAUCAGGGCAUGAAGUACUUUUACAAGGUCCAUUUUCGCAACGCCGGAGGCGUCCCAACCGCUCAAAGGAUUCCCGUGCACUUCAUGAUAUCUUCAGAAGAGCUCACCAGCAGCGUCAAGAAUGAGACUCGGGCCGGAACGGGCGAAGCCACUCGAGAACGUCUGAACUACCUGGUACCGCUUGAAUAUGGAAGGAGGCUAGUCGCCUUGUUUGUCAAGUAUGUGUUCCCUGCCUUGCCAAUCAUUUCACGCUCGCAGCUGGGGUUGACUGCCCCGUCAUAUCAGCUUCCGGAGGCGUCGGUAUUGGAAAAGGUGCCCGUGCAUCUUCUGGCAGCCAUCUACGCGUCGGCGUUCCCUUUUGUCGCCCAUGACGACUAUCUGUGCGUACUGAGCACCUAUCAUGCGUCCCCUGUUGAAACGCUAUGGCGCAUGGUCUACGAGCUUGUGACAGAGGAGAUCCACAGUCCUCGGCUCGCAGUCUUACAGGCCGCCCUACUAUACGUCCACCAACAGCCGAGAGAGGAGGCCCGCCAUACGACUGCCGAUACUCCAUUUUUGUGGUCCUUCGUCGGCCAGAUCGUCGGACUGGCUUGUUCUCUCGGCCUGCAUAUCGAAUGCCGCAUGUGGGGCAUCCCGGCGUGGGAAAAGCGCCUUCGCCGCCGGCUGUGGUGGGCCGUCUAUGCCGAAGAUAAAUGGCGCAGUCUGUUGAUGGGUCGCCCGCCCUAUAUCCACCCUGCAGAGUGGGAUGUCAGUGAUUUGGACGAAGGAGAUUUCCUAGUUGGCCCACGCCAGAGCUUCUCAACCAGCUCUUGUGAUACCGAGAUCCCUUUCCGAUAUCUCAUCAAUCUUACCCGAAUCGGCGAAGAGAUCCAUGACACCUUUUAUACCCUGCGCGCGUCGCAACUACUCAAUGCCGACUUCACUGCCUCCUCCGAGCUUGGCCGCGAUCUUCUGGAAAAGCUGAAUGGGUGGUAUUCCUCACUCCCCGAGACCUUCCGACUCCCCAACUGGAGCAAGUCUGUCAAUGGCCUUGCUCCGUACCCUACUUCCAUCCACUUCGCCUACCUGUUGCUGGUUGUGUAUGUGUACCGAGCCAUGCUCAGGCCUAUGGCGCGCUCAUCGGAGCCGCCUCUCAUUUUCGACCUGGAAGAUAUGACCACAACAUCGCCGCUGCCGGUCGAUGAGUCAAUACUCGACUUCUCAGAUCUGCCCGAGAUCGAAUCACUACCGGAAAUAUCAAUAUCAGAUGAGUUCGGCACCGGCGAAGCCACAUUGCAUGCCGCAGAGAAGUGUGCUUCAAUACUGGUUAACUUCACGAGGCGACUGACCUCUAGUGACUUCACGGCCUUCUGGUACUCCUGCAAGUGA